AUGGUAGGUUCCCCUCCAAACUUCGCCAAACAUCUAUGACUUCAGGCCGAACCCAAUAGCGAUGAAGUGUUAUCCAAACAAAUCGAGACGUAUUCUUUGGGCAUUUUUCUGGUCAUCCUGUUCGCCACUCUGAUUUUUGUGGCUUUGACGGCAAUAAGUGUUCGGAAAGAGUUUGUCAAGGUGAGAUUCUCGAGAUUUUGCUAAUUUUUUUGAAAUUUUUUCAGCUCCGAAAGCAGAAAGAAGAGGAGGAGAAAACACCGGAGACGCUGACAAUUGUGGACCCAGAAUAA